UUUCAUAAUGCUUAAAUGGAUAAUAUUAUUGGGAACCCUGGUUUUCCUGCCCUUCCUCACUCAUAUGCAAGAGGCUCUUGAUGAUUUUGAAGUUCCUGUGGAAAUCACCACUAAAAAAAAAAGUUUUCCACCUCAGAGUUCUUUAAGUCUGAAAAAGACCGUGGGAAGGACACGUAAAACAGAAAAAUAUAUAUACGCUGAAGGCGCGAAUUCUGGAGAAGUUAACAUAACACUCAAAGGCACUAUGUCGGAUCAGUAUUGUUGCUUUUGGAUAAAUCAGAAACAUCCUGCUGUUCCAGAGACCUGGAAACACUUAAAGGAGUAUCCUUUCGAUUUUCUGUUUAAUGGCGUUUUUGUCAAAAAUAUGCGUGACAACUCUGAACGAAAGGCGCACAGUCACCACUCCUUUGGUAAAAACAUUAAACAUGAUUUAUAAUCUGGCAUAAA